AUGGCUUCGCCAACAGCUCCACCACUUCCAUUUUCACCAGUAUUAAAAGACCAGAGCCAAAGCAGUAGUCAUCUAAGUAGGAACUGGUUAGUGAGGAAACCGAUUCCGGGUACAAACCACCGUUUGCGCCGGAGAAAUAAUGUGGCAGCAACCGCAGCCGGAGGCCCGCGGUCAGGACAGAGGGCACCACCGGGAGUCGACACCAGAAUUCACUGGGAGAACGAGGAUGAGGGGUGGGUAGGAGGAAGUACCAAUUCAACACCCGUCGAAGAGCAGCUUAAAGCCGAGCAGAGUAAAAAAUUUGCAGACUUGCUCAACAGUUCAUCUGAUUCUCAUUACCAAUUCUUAGGCGUAUCUGCUGAAGCAGAUAUGGAAGAGAUUAAAGCUGCUUACCGAAGACUAUCAAAGGAAUACCAUCCAGACACGACAACACUUCCAAUAAAAGCAGCAUCUGAAAAAUUUAUGAAACUUAAAGAAAUCUAUGAGGUUUUAAGCAAUGACGAGAAGCGAAGGUUUUAUGAUUGGACACUAGCCCAAGAGGCAGCAAGCCGUGAAGCUAUCAAGUUGAGAAAGAAGCUAGAAGAUCCACGCAUGCAAGACGUUGCAAAUUGGGAGCCUGUCCCCGACAUGGUAGAUCGUCUUGGGGGCAAAAAUUUGGAGCUGAGCGAUCAGGCAAAGACAGCUCUCACCUUUGAUAUAUUCGCCAUUCUGGUAUCAGUUUGUUGCAUCAUAUAUGCAAUAUUCUUUAAGGAGUACUAG